AUGCAGCGCAGCGUCAUGAUUCGAAAAUCCUUGACGAGCCGCUCGUCCAACUAUCCUGUUGACAAUUCGGACAACGACUCGGCUCUCAACCAGGCAAUGGUGCAAGUUCCGCACUCCAACCUCAGCAGCAACAGCGAUUGGGCGCCGAGCUCCCGUCGCGGCCGGGCAGUGUCGCACCAAGAGCUGCAUCGAGGGGGUGAGGUCGAUGUUAGGCUGGAGCCGGGCUCGAGGUCAAGGUCGCCAUCGCCGUCGACGAAUCCGCUUUUGUGCAGCGUCGAAAGAUCCAAUAGCCAGCCACCGCACCCCGACGAGUUUGGUCGACCGUAUCAUGGGCUACCGUCAAUGCUGCAUCGGCCACCAAGCUUUGAGGUUGCAACCCGUGAGGGUGCUCCGAUGCCGAUCAGUGGGAGGGUUCAGAACACCCAGAAUCACCUUCUGGCGACCGCAAGGCUUACCAAGCGUCGGUGGCGUACCUCACGUGAUGAGAUGGCUGAUGCUGAGUAA